GCCAUGAUGGCUUCAUGGCCUCGGUGGGCCAUCCCAGGCUUCCUGGAGCAGAUUCCGCCCCGCCUGGAGGGCUGCCGACAGCGGCUGCUUGCCGCCGAGAUCGAGCUCCGCCGGGCAGAGAAAGCAGGUGGCUUGGAGGUCGGGAAUGCCUCCACCCCGCAAGAAGAGGCCGAGACGAAGUCUGUAGUACAGGACCUGCCGAUUCUCAAAGCGCCCGAGGAGACUACCGACGAAUACGCCGACAUGCCCCAGGAAGCCGUCUGGAUCUUGGACCAGGUUGGAGAGCUGGAAGGGCAAUUUACGGAGCUGAACUCGAAGCUUCAGGAGUUGGAGGUGAGCCAUGCGACCGCCAGGAAGCUGAAGAGUCAGUACGCAGAAGAUGCCGGCACUUGCUUUGCGGCCAUGAUUGA